ACGAACAUGCUUAAACAUGUCCAAUCGGUCCCGUUUUUUUGAAUCGAGUGGUUGUAACGGUUGAACGGCUGCUUCGCGAGUCUCGCGACAAAAUUAAGAAGGAAAGCUAGCAAAAGCCGGUAAAGUCGGCCUAAGAAACGGAAAAUUACAAUUGAAAUUAAAUCAAAGUAAUAACUAUUCAAAAAAACAAACCGUUUAAGAAAUUGUGAUAAUAAUUUGUUGAUUUUUUGUUAAUAUCGCGCUGCAUCAACGUGGGUGGCAAUCAUAAUCGUAAUCGUAAUAACAAAUAAACGAACGCUGCCGGCUGCAAUUAUGAAAAGGUAGAAAGCAACAACAGAAAGUGAGGAGCAGCUGGAAGCUGAAGCCGGGGCCAGAGAUUUUGUUGCAUUGUUGUUUCCAUGCCCCAUGAUGUUCCCCCAAUUAAUCUGCCGGCAGAGAGGUCGUUGGCGCUAAGGUCACGCAGAACCCAACCCAACGGAGCAGCGGCGUUUCGUGUGGAGUGCAAGUGACAAACAAAACACAGAAAAAAAAAAGGAGAAGCAGCGUUUUCUUAGUUCUCCCACCCACGCUCUAAACAACAGCAAAAACAACGUGUGUGUGUGUCGCAUGGCUCAGGCAAACGGUUAAUCUUCAUAGCUGAGCGCGUGUGUGUGUGGUUGUGCGUGCCCGCUGUGACUGUGUGUGAUUUUGUGUGGCUGCCCCGCUCUCUCCCGCGCAAUUUUUGUAAGGAGCGAAAAUCGAAAAUGACAACAAGCAGCAGCAGCAAUGCGGCGGUGGAGAGACAGCAGACAAAUGUGAGGAGCGUCGCGUCACCCAUCGUAACACCGAAGAGUGCCGCUGAUGGCCGCUAGAAAUGUGCUAGAAAUGUGCGUUAUAAAUUUUUACGAGUGUACGCAGCGCAUUGAAUUUUUACGAGUGUACAGCAGCAGAAGCAGCAGCAGCAUGAUGUGCUCAGGCGGCGGAGGCAGCAGCAAUUUAAAACAAUUCAGGCACGAAAAUAAUGCUUAAAGUAACGCAAAGGAAAUUGCAUGCUUAGCCAUAGAAAAAUAUAUAGCAAAAAAAAAACAAACAACAAAGAAAAAUAAAAGGAAAGAGAAAGAGAAAAUAAAAAAAGAAGAAAAGCUGUGAAAGAAAGAAACGCCGUGUGGCAGAGAGAGGGUUGCUACAACUCCUUGUGAAAGGAGCACGUGACAUUGUGAGAAAACUCCUCUCACACACAUACACACGACGCCAUUUUGUAACGGUAAUUGGCAGACGGCACACACGUGAACCGAAGAAAGGCUAAACGUCCGCUAACACGCCCAAACAACAGUAACAGCAACACCCUCUCCAUCAUUACGAGCAACAACAACAACAACAAAAUCAUCAUCAUCGCCUCAUCAUUAUCAUCAGGACGAUGGCCGUUAGCAACAUUGUCUGCGAAUGGCUACGUGCCUUGGGCCUGGCGCAGUAUGCCGAAAGUUUUCUCGACAAUGGCUACGAUGACCUGGAGAUAUGCAAACAGGUCGGCGAUCCCGAUCUGGAUGCCAUCGGCGUUGAGAAUCCCUCCCAUCGACACAAGCUGCUGAAGAGCAUACGCUCGUUGCGGGAGAAGGGCGCCGCCUCGGUAUAUUUCAUGCUCAACGAUCCCAAUUCGUUGUCGGGCAGCAUGGAGAUACUGUGCGAAACGCCGCCCAGCAACGACCUGGAGAUGGUACUGGGCGAACAGCUGGAGACGGACGGAGUGCGUCUGACAGCGCAUCCAUAUUCAACACCGGAUGGACAACGCGGCCAUUUAGAGGGCCUGGCAUCCGUCUAUUGUGAGUUGUUAAUGGCUCCCUUUGGAGAUAUUUUAAGUGCUUUAGAGAGUGCCAGGCAGGCGGCCUGGGCGGAUCACAGUCCGCUCCAUAAUGCCAACAGCGGUGGCGGCAGCGGCAGCGGCUGCGGUGCCGGUGGCAGUGGCAGUGGCACCGCCAGCGGCGCCAGUGGUGCCAGCGGCAGUGGUGGCAGCAACCGUAGCGGCAUCGGCAGCGGCGGCGGACUCCAUCACCGUCAGAAGCACGGCCAUCGGGGGCAUUCAAUGCACGGCGCCGGUCUGCCCAAUAGUCAUAGUCAGCCCAUUUAUGUGCCCGGAAAGUAUUCGCCCUCCAGCUGCUUGUCCGACAAGGAGGAGGACGAAAUCUAUGGCUUUGGCUAUGGUGUGUUUGCACCGCGUGUGGCACGCGGCGGCCUCACGCAACAGCAGCAGCUGCUGCAACAGCAAACACUGCAGACGCAACAGAGCAUACAGCAGCAGCAGCAGAUGCAACAGCAACUGCAACAGCAGCAGCAGCAGCAGCAGCAACAGCAGCAAUUACCAAUCGUGCCAGGCCAACAGCAGGCGGUGGGACCCGGCGUUGGACAGGCCGGAAUUGGACCGCAACAUCAUCAGACUCUGCCACCGAAUGUAGCCCAUCUGAACUUUGUGCAACAAAACUGCCUGAGUCCGCGCUCUGCAUAUUUCUAUGAAUUUCCACCGACAGCUGAGGGACGCGAGACAAAGAAACGCACCACAUUGGCCCGACUGCUGAAAGGCUUGAAAACUGUCAAUCGACGGGAUCGCAACAAUCAACAAAAUGGCGCCCAGGCCAGGGCCGCCAACGAUCGUCUGCGGCACUUUCAAAUGAUAAACGGCGGUGCGGGCGGACAGCAGCACAGUUUCGAGGAGACAAUCCAUAGGUUGAAAGUACAAGAGGCCAUGCGAAAAAAGGAAAAAUUUCAACGUGAGCACGAGGAGAUUCUGCGUGACAUACGUCAGGGACUGUUGCAAAUGAGUCGCGGCGAGGGACGUAUGGACGACACCUACAUGUACGACGAGGCCCUGCGAACUGGGGCAGGCGUGGGCGGUGGCAUUGCAGGGCUUGGAGGCGGUGCCCACUAUGCGGUGAGUGCGCUGCACCAUCAAGGUCAUUGGUACGACGAGCCGCCCUACGAAAGCGAUCCCGAUGACUUUCUGAUGGCCGGCCUCAACUGCGGACCAGCUGCCACCAUUCAGGGUGGCCGUGUGCGCUUCUCGAACAACCGCGAGAGCACGGGCGUAAUUUCAUUAAGAUCCGCCGGAGAUAUUUCACUACCGCAACGAGGGCCGCCGCGACGAGGUCUUAUCGUGCCACAACAGCCGCCAAAUCCACCGACAAUAAUACCCUUAACGCAUGCCAGAUCCCAUGAUCGUGAGAGCGGCGACUAUGCGGGUUCCAUUUCAGAUCUACAAAGCGUUACCUCCAGGCUCAGUGCUGUAUCGAUUGGCACCAACAAUUGCACGGCUCGAUAUCGAACACUGAGCGGCGGCAUCGGGGAGUCACCCUCGCUGUCGCCCAGCCCCUCAUCGGACUACGAGGACAUUGGGGUUGGGGCCGCACGGAUGCACGGCCUGGCCCCAAGUCUGCUGGCCGCGAAGGCAAAAAAGAAUGGACUGCCGCACGGCAAGGCGAAUACGAUUUGUCAGAAGGCCACAGUGCAUCAUUCGAGCGAGAUGCGUAGCUCGCCAAAGGAAAUUGGCGCUUUUAAUGAGAAUGGACGGAACUUUGUGGCCACAAAGGAUACAUCGAGGGAUUUCAGCAACUCCCAAGACAAUACCGACCGUGGCAGCAUGAGCGAUCAGGCGUUUGCCUGUUCGGCCAGCUCCGUGGAAAGUUUGCCCAGCGCUUCCGGUUCGAGCACACAGGCUCUGGUGCGUCCCGGCAGUCCACACAGCUCCAUAUCGGCGGAGGAUCGCACCUCGAUGGCGGUGCACAGCGGCAGCAUCUGCAAGGCCAAGGCCCUGGUGGAUAGUCUGCCCAAUCCCUACGACAAGGAGGCGCUUAAAUUUAAGAAGGGCGAGCUCAUCGAUGUGCUGUCGAUGAACGCCUCGGGCAUCUGGAAGGGACGAUGCCACGGCCGCGUCGGACACUUCAAGUUCAUCAAUGUGGAAGUGCUGCCGGAGCAGCGUCUGAAGAACUCCAGCAGCAAGACCCUGGGGCCCAGCUCACGGCUGGGCGGCAACAGCAGUGCCUGCAACAGCAAUGCGAACAGCCACAGCAACAGCAACAAUGGGGGCGGACCCAGCUCGGUGGAGGAUCUGCUGGUGCGCAUCGGGCUCAAGGAAUACACCUCGGUGUUCGUGCUCAACGGGUACGAGGAUCUCGAGCUCUUCAAGGAGCUGGAACCCGCCGAUCUCGACUAUCUGGGCAUACUCAAUCAGGAGCAUCGGGCCAAGCUGCUGACGGCUGUGCAGCUGCUGCAUGACAUUGAAUCUACAAAUUUCACCCGUACAGGCUCCGACGUGGACAUAGCCGGCUCCAGCUCAGAGAACGAUGAGGCACGGCUGAACAACAUCAACAAGAAGCACGGCGCCUCGCCCUUCGGCCGGCGUCACUUUCCGCGCGACUCGGGCUGCUAUGAGGGCUCGCCGCUGCCCAGCAGCCAGACACCGACGCAGACGGUCAACUCGACGGACGAGUCGAACAGCCUGGACGACGUGGUGACCAAGUGCUCCAGCGAGAUUAUGAAGCGCGUGGAGAGCGCGCGCCGGUGCAAGGACAAUCCGUUCAAGGCGACGCUGCCGGGUGGCGGCCGGGUGGGCAAGAAGUCAUUUCUCGGCGGUGGCGGACUUAUGGCUGACGAUACGCUCACACGUGGCGGACUCAGUGAGAAGUCGAGCGAUUCGGGCGUCAGCAGCAGUUCGCUAUCGUCGGGUCCGCUGAAGAGCAGCACUUAACAUUUGCCCACUAUCCUGGCCCACGAGCUGCUGCUGGGCGUGGGCGCUGGCAUGGGUCUGGGCCUGGGCCUGGGUCACGGUCAC